UUGCCUGUUGAUUCUUUGGUGCUUGUGCCUCGUCACGAGCAUUUCUUAUUUCUCUCGCUUCGCUAUAUAUUUUUCUCACAAAAUUCUCUCUCUCCUCUCACACACUCUCUCUCUUCCCUGGAAGAACUCAGAACUCAGAGACUUGUGAAAAACCAAGCACACCUCGCCCAAUCCCCAAUAAUCCCCAGGUUCAAAGGCUCCGUUGAUUUGCGAGUUUUUCAGAAACUCCCACUCCUUCCAAAUCUCCGAACCCCCAAAACCCAAAUAGCCACGAUAGAGAUAUGAAGCGCGAGCAUCACCAGCACUACCCCCCUCCGCCGCAUCAGGACACCUUUUGCGGGGGCGGCGAUGAUGGCGUUGGGAGCUCCUCUGGCGGCGGCGGAAGUGGAAAACCCAAGACAUGGGAAGAAGAUGCCGGAGUGGAUGAGCUCCUGGCCGUGUUGGGUUACAAGGUGAAGGCCUCCGACAUGGCUGAUGUUGCUCAGAAGCUGGAACAGCUCGAAGAAGUGAUGGGUCAUGCUCAGGAAGAUGGGUUGUCUCACCUCGCUUUCGAUACAGUUCACUACAACCCAUCAGAUCUAUCUUCUUGGCUCGAAUCCAUGAUCACCGAGCUCAACCCUCUUCCUGAAUUUCCACCCCCGGUCGACGAUCCAUUCCUCGCCGCCAUAGAAUCUUCCUCCACAGUCACAUCCGUGGACACCCAAAAUCAAUACAAUCAACAAAACUCCUAUGGCAGAAUCUUCCAAGACUCAUCUUCAGAUUACGAUCUCAAAGCAAUUCCUGGUAAAGCCGUUUAUUCCCAAAUUCAACCCCCAAACAAGCGAUUCAAACCUUCUUCUCCAUCAUCAUCAUCAUCGGUUACCUCGUCGAUGCCACUAGGGAUGUGGGCUGAGUCGAUUGAGCCAACUCGUCCGAUGGUCCUAGUUGACUCUCAAGAGAACGGUAUCAGAUUAGUCCACACACUCAUGGCUUGCGCCGAAGCCGUCCAACAAGACAACGUCAAGCUAGCCGAAGCUCUGGUGAAGCAAAUCGGCUUCCUCGCCGUCUCUCAAGCCGGCACGAUGAGAAAAGUCGCUACCUAUUUCGCCGAAGCUCUGGCUCGGAGAAUCUACAGACUUUACCCUCAAAACCCACAAGACUCUGCUUUCUCAGAUCAUCUCCAGAUCCAUUUCUACGAGACCUGCCCUUACCUCAAAUUCGCUCACUUCACAGCCAAUCAAGCCAUCCUCGAAGCUUUCGCGACCAAGAAACGAGUCCACGUCAUCGAUUUCAGCAUGAAACAGGGGAUGCAGUGGCCGGCUCUGAUGCAAGCCUUGGCUCUCCGACCGGGCGGUCCACCCACUUUCCGGUUAACCGGAAUUGGACCGCCUUCCCAUGACAACACAGACCAUUUACAAGAAGUGGGUUGGAAGUUGGCUCAAUUGGCUGAAACAAUCCAUGUAGAGUUCGAAUUCCGAGGGUUUGUGGCUAACAGUUUGGCCGAUCUCGAUGCGUCGAUGCUUGAUCUACGAGAAGGCGAGGCCGUGGCGGUGAAUUCGGUUUUCGAAUUUCAUCAAUUGCUUGCUCGACCCGGUGCGAUCGAGAAGGUUUUGUCGGCGGUGAAGGAGAUGAAGCCGGAGAUCUUGACUGUCGUUGAGCAAGAAGCGAACCACAACGGACCGGUUUUCUUGGACCGGUUCACUGAAUCGUUGCAUUAUUACUCUACUCUUUUCGACUCGUUGGAGGGUUGUGGUGGAGGUGGUGGUGGGUCGCCGUCGCCGGCGGUGAACAACCAGGAUAAGGUGAUGUCGGAGGUGUACUUGGGUCGGCAGAUCUGCAACGUGGUGGCGUGUGAGGGUUCGGACCGGGUCGAGAGACAUGAGACUUUGGCUCAGUGGAGAGCCCGGUUCGGAUCGGCCGGGUUCGAGUCGGUUCACCUGGGCUCGAACGCGUUCAAGCAAGCGAGCAUGUUGUUGGCUUUGUUUAACGGCGGUGAUGGGUACAGAGUGGAGGAGAACGGUGGGUGUCUUAUGCUGGGUUGGCAAACUCGCCCACUCAUCGCCACCUCGGCGUGGAAACUCAGCUAGUACUGAGUCAACUCAGAUGCGAGACAACAACAGACCAUGUUGGGCUUGGGUCAAGUCAGUUCCAGCCCACCAAAAACCCUAAUGGAAUGCUAUUAGUGAGAGUUUGAACUUGAGACCCACCACCACUUCCUCUCUUCUCUCUUCUCUCUCCCUCCCCCUCCCCCUUCCCCUCCUUUGUGUACCUACCCUUUUUAGGUAUAAUUUAUCUUCUUCUUUUUGUUCAUCUUUCUUUUAUUGGGUGGAAUCUUUUGUAAUUUUCAGGGGUGAAUCUGAAGAGGUCAAUGUGUAGUUAUAUAAAGCUUUUCUUUAAUAAAAGGAUGAUUUGAGAA